AUGAGCCAACUAAGAUCAGAACUUAUCUGUUCACGAAACAUUGCAGCUAUUGACAAAUCAUUAAAGAUAUAUAAACAAAACAUUGCAAUUCCAGUUGAAGAAAAUGAUGAAAAAACAAGUUUAGAUGAAAACACAGAAAAAGAGCAAUUAAUUAGUCUAUUAGAAAAUGAUAUGAAUUUAGAAAAUCCUGAAAAGCAAAUUCGGACAAAUGUUAGUCUAAAUAAAGAGAAGGAAGUUAAAGAUGACUUAAAUGAAUUAGAAAGUCUGUCUGAAUUAUAUUUUGAUGAAGUAGAAUUUUAUCUUGUGAAUAACUUUACAGCCAAAUUCAUAUUUAGUUUAUAA